GACAGCACAAACACGUGUAUUCAUGCUUUUUCCUUCCUUCUUGCUGAAACACUGUGAACCUCAAUCAAACAACGCUAAACUCUUACGAACCAUAUUACCAAUUGGCACAUUUACACUUUUGUGAGACAAUCUUUGUCGAAACAGCUGUAAUUUAGCAUGUGGACAACAGAUGAGACUAUUGGCAUGUUUUAAUUUCCGCCUCUGCGCAGAGGUGACCUUGUAAAGGUCACGCCUCGACUCAGAACAUUUUGAUUGCACUCAUUCACGCCUGAUCUGUUCUACCGACACUGUUAACUAGUGAACAUGCAGAGCAUUUGUUUGCCAUUUCGGUGGGUUAACCGACUUUAACCGUCUUUCAACGAACACAGAUCAUUAGCUGAGAAGACAAGCGUGACGUCAAAAGAUUGACACAUAAGUGUGACCUACGGCCCUUGAAACAUGAAAAUAAUUCAAGCAGUCAGCAUUCUUGUCAUCUCGUGCAUAAGCGGAAUUAAUUGCGAAAGUAAUUAUACUGAGGUGGAGUCGAAUUCGAGCUGCGUGCCUGCCGAACCUGUAGUAAAUGCUUCGACAAAAAAUGCUGCUUGUAUUUUUUACAACUACACGACCAAAGACGGUAUUUGCAGGAAUUCAAUCUCAAGUCUCUACGUGUUUGGCAAUAGUACUACAUUGCAGUAUGGAGAAACUCAAAUUGCGAAAAUGGCACGUUUCUUCCGCGAAGUUAGCUCCGUUCAAAUAUCAGAACAGUGUGAACCGCUUAUGAUAGACUUAUUUUGCCGAUAUCAUUUCCCGCCAUGCGAUACGUCGCUGGCCAGACCUCACGCCCGGCGGAUAUGUCGCAUUUCAUGCGCGUAUCUGGUCCAUGGCUUGUGCGAGAAGGAAAUGGAGUUUUUCAGGGAGGCAAUUGCAGCAGUUCCUGGCCUGCUGGACAAAAACAUACUAAAUUGCACUCUGUAUGACACUGCAAAUGGAGGGGAUGUUCCGGAAUGUUAUCAAUACCACACUGUACCAGGCGAUGAUACCAAGAGCACAGACUGUUACUAUGGUGUCGGAGUUGGUUACCGUGGCAACGUCAACAUCACCCAGUCCGGUCUCACUUGUCAGGCGUGGAGAUCACAGUGUCCUCAUCGUCACUGGCGGAUUCCUGAAGAUGUCGCUGAUGGACAGAAUGACUCCAACGCGUGUCGUAACCCAGAUAGCAGUGCCCCGGAUGGACCUUGGUGUUACACCGCUGACCCAAACGUGCGAUGGGAAUAUUGCAACGUGUCGCGAUGUCCUCCAAGAGUUCCCGAAGAAGCUCCUUCUUCCCUCAAAGGCUAUCCUCUUAAUUCAACUGCCAUUCACAUCUCGUGGAGAAGGUUGCCUCCCUCCCGCUAUAAAGAACAGCUAUUGGGCUAUCGUGUAAAAUACAGACGCCUUGCUUCUCGGACAUACAAAGGAAUCAAUAUCACAAGCAACUUCACAGAGACCGUCCUGAAAAGACUUUUCGCACAAACUGAAUACGAGAUCCAAGUCAAUGGUUUUAACGAAAUAGGCCAUGGGCCGGCCAGCAAGGUCCUCGUAGUAAAAACAGUCUCAGUUGGUGAAGUUGCUGUCGAUCUAAACAUUCAGUUGGUGAUAGAUGCAGAUUUUAGCAACGAUCUUCUGAAUCGAAGUAGCAACAAGUUUAUGGCUAUGGAAGAACAGAUUAGAGCGGCGAUCAUGCGUCAUUACAACAAAUCUUCCGUUUUGAAGAUCUUUGACAUUCAAGUCUUGAGGUUCAGCAUGGGAAGUGUGGAGGCCGACCUCGAGAUCUUGGCCGUAAUAAACUCCAACACGACGAGAAAGGCUGAAGCUCUUAAUCAUUUAGUCGAGGGACUUGACUCUGGCAUAUUAGAAGGACUGAAUGUUUCUGCAAUACGAGUUCUAGGUAAGCAAUUCUAGCGGUAAGGAGUAGUCUUGUAUAUCAUGAUUCUUUUUCAGCAACAAGCUAUAGGACGUUAUAUUUCAGUCUUAUGAAAAAAAAAAACGGUUUUGGCUCUUCAGAGUGCCAAAAUUGGGAGGGGGAAAUCCCUGGAGCC